CUCGAGUGCAACUUUUUACCUUAAGGUUUCAAUUUCGACAUAAAAUGUAUGAAACUUAUGUCAAAUUUGAUGUUUUUUGCACCUGGAGGCUGGAGCGUUCAGCCAGCAUAGGUUUGGAACGCAGCUCGUUCCAUAACGAACGUCUAGCUUAAACAAUUCGUAAAUAUUAUAGGCUUAUACAGUUACUUUAACAUGAAUUAUUUUUGAAAUGUUUUAAUUUGAGUAAUAAAUCCCAAGUAGCUUAAAUUCUCAAUUAUAAGUGUAAAUAAUCUACAUGAAUGAGGAUAAAGUUUGUCCAGUUUUUUUUGUUGUAAAUUUAGAAAGAAUUUUAAUGAACAUUUUGUACUCUUCAUGUUAAAUUAAUGGCAGUUAACAAAGACAAGAACGAGCCGGGUCGCUUCCUCGGCGAGGGGGUGUCGUUCAGGGCGAAGCUGAUCGGCGUCUUGGAAGUGCCGGAGGCGCGCGGCGACCGCAUGUGCCAGGAAGCGCUCGCCGACCUGAAGAUGGCGAUACGAGCUGCUGGCGAACACAAGCAGAGGAUACAAGUUCACGUCGCCAUCGAUGGGCUAAGACUUCGCGAUGAUAAAACGGGCGACUCUUUGUACCACCACCCUGUACAUAAGAUAUCGUUCAUCGCGCAAGACAUGACAGAUUCGCGCGCCUUUGGCUACAUAUUCGGCUCACCGGAUACUGGCCACAGAUUUUUUGGCAUUAAGACUGAUAAAGCAGCUAGUCAAGUAGUGAUAGCGAUGAGGGACUUGUUCCAAGUGGUGUUCGAGUUGAAGAAGAAAGAGGUGGAGAUGGCGAAACAGCAGCUGGAGGGCAAGACGGUCACCAGCUCGUUGGUGAGGCACGCGGCCAUCGCGUCUGCCGAGACCAAACCUAAAAGUCUGUCGUCAGUGGGAGAAACAAGUGCUGCCUCAUUGAAAGGGCCUGAUAUAAGUGGCGAGGGAGGCGUGGCGGAGUUGGUAGAUCUGGAACAAGAGUUAAGCUCGUUGCGACGCGGUCUGACUCAAGUGGAGGGACUGACGCCAUCUACCGACCCCUUCGGAGACUCCUUCAUAAUGCCCGCACAGUCACAGAAGGGUCUGUUACCGCCACCGCCAUCUGGCGCUUCAAGUCGCGGCCGCAACACCCCCGCCACCAAUCGGACGGUGUUCAGUCCGAGCAAGACCGCCGCUUCCUUGCCAUUCGACCUUGCCACUGUAGGCGCAGACUUCGAACCCGCGUCGACCUCGCUCGUCGAUAACUUGCCUGAGCCACCGGAGCUCAAAAAUCCGCCAAAGAAAGUGCUCAAAGACCUCGUUCCGACCAGCACUCAGAGUCAGACGCUCCUUACCGACAUACUGCCGGUGGUCGCCACCGAGUCUAAACCCGACUACGGUACGGCGACCACGAUGACGUCACUCUCGCGACAUUCGGGCGGGACGGUAUCGAUAGCGAAACCGCCGCCGCAGGCCGCGAUGUUCACAGGGAACUUGUUCGCGGCCGAUCCGUUCGCGGAGACAGAUCCGUUUGACAACACGGACCCAUUCUCGGAUUCGUUCAAAGACGACCCGUUCACGAGUAUGCAGGAGUUUCCAAAGGCGAGCGCGUUGCGAGUAGAUGAGUUAAAGAACAAGUUAGCAAGAGAAUUGACACUGGAUAAGCCGGAAGUAGACAAGAGCGGAGAGGGCGGGAACAACGUAUUCAACGGACCACUGCAAGUUACUCUGCCGCCAGAGCCUUCGUCAAAAUCACCCAGAUUGCAGCGUCAGGGUACAGACAACAGUUCAAUACGUCAGCGGCCUACGCCCAGCUCUCGGGUAGUGGAAGGCGGAUCGCCUCCGCCCCCGCUUCCUCCCAAGAAACCUAAUGAAGGAGUUACCCGCCCUCCGCCCCGCCCACCGCAUGAUGACGAACCAAGACCUGAAGGACCGCCACUACCACGCCCCGCUAGAAAGAAGGAGCCAAUGGCGGAUCGUAGUGUGAAGCCUCGUCUCUCGUCUGCGGCGACGAACAGUAGCGAGGACGAAUAUUUAACACCUGCCCCGCCUCCAUUACCCGCAGCUAGACGAUUCGACAUUACACUUAGCCAACUCCUUACUUGCUCCAUGGAUGAUUUGGCGGCCAGAUUACGCGUUCCUACAGCCACCCUCUCUUCAAUGACUUUACCACAGCUCACUGAUUAUCUCAGAUCAUACUUGGCAGCGGAUAACGAAAGAGCGCACAUUCAUGUGGAACCCUCGACGAAAAUAGAAAAGGAAAAUUUCUCAUCAUCCAUGCCAAUGAAAAAGCCGGAAAAGCCCGUUAAUUCAACGAUUCCGCCCAUACCAUUCAAGCCGGAUCCGAUCGAUUUCAAGCCACAAUUCGAAGACAAUUUCGCACCACCUAGCACUACCGAAAUCGGCGAUACAUUUGUCGCGAAUUUCGACGACUUUGAUAAAAAAGCAAAUUCCUCCUAUGACAGAUAUGCGGCUUUCAGAGAGAUACAAGAGCAGGAGUUGAAAUCUAUGUCCGUACUAGAUCCUCUAGAUAAUAUCGAAUCGGAAACAAAACAAGAUUCUGACGAAAAAGAAGAAUUGGCGGCCAUAGAUAACUCAAUUAAAGCUAACGAGGAAAGGCGGAACGAAAUCAAAGAGACAUCACGAAGUCCGUUGAAAACUUUAGACGAAUUGACUUUAGACUCUUUCAAUAUGUUUAGAAAUUCUGUGAGCCCGAAACCGACGCAGAUUGAUGCCAAAAUAGAAGAUAUAAAAUCUGUGAUGAAAACUUUGCAAAUAGAGAAAAGUAGAAGAAGCGUUUCCCCUAGGGAUAAUGGGUCUGUGGACGUAAAACACGAAGACACGAGCGACAGAUACGCAGCGUUACGUGAAAUUACUAUCACUGAGCCACCUCAAGACGAGUUCGAAUCGUUACCACCAGAACCGCCCAAGGAACGAAAGAGAUCCGACGAGAAAUCGGACGGUUUCGAUAACUCCGACUUUUUCGACUGCAUCGAUAACAGCUCGUUGUCUUUUUCGCACGUUGAAGACGCUUUCAGGAAGAGUCCGGUAGUGAAAGAGAGGGAAGAGGAGAAGAAAGUGGAGGUGCAGUUAGAACCUGUGCCUGAACCGGCUCCACUGAGGCCCGCGCCGUUACCGCCACCCGCUAGACUUUCUACUGGUUCUAUUAGUGACGUUAUCAGCGGUUCGUCGCCUGAUACUAAAGAAAAAUGCGUGAGUGGCAGCGGUGUGGGUGGCGUAGGGGGGAGGUGGGCGGUGCUGGGGGAACGCGCCUCCCCCGCGUCGUCCGACAGCCGCGACUCCGGCCCGCGACGGGUGCGACGGCGCCGGACCGGCUCCAGGCACGUGCAAACAUCAUCUUCGUCUCGCGACGUGUCGCCGUGGGAGGAGGAGCUGCCUCCCGUACAAAGACUACAGAGGCCCCCCUCACACCAUCGAGAUCACCGCGACAGAGAAUCAAGACACAACUCUUCGGGUUCUAGAGAAUGUCUAGACUCGGGCAGUGGUCGGGAAAAGGAUAAACUAAGAGAUAAACGCGACGGGCGAGACAGGGACAGAGAUAGAGACGCAACUAGAGAUGGAAGAGAUUCCGCGAGAGACAGAAGAGAUUCCGGCAGCGGCAGAGAUCGGCGGGACCUCAGUAAGGAGCGUGAUCACAGGGACCAUAGAGAUAGGAGGGAUAGAAGGAGUAGAGAUAGAGAUACCGAUAUGUGGGACAGAGAUAGAAACUAUAGCAGAGACAGGGACUACAGGGAUUCGCGGAGUCGGGAGAGGUCGAAAGAUUACAGAGACAAAGAUAGGGAUCGACAUCGAAAGACGAGACAUUCCUACGACGAUGAAGAAGAUUACAGCGAUGGAUGUGGGUCAGGUAGAUCAUCUCCUCGCGACCGGUGGCCGGAUCAACGGUGGCGAAGAGACGAGAGGAAUUACGGUUCAUUGGGAUGGCGAGAAACGCGUAGAAGAGCUGAAAUGAGACAGAGCGAAGACACCAGUGAUAGAAGGUACGGGUCGACAUUAUGCUGGGCGGGCCGUCGUUCCGGUUCGGACGCGUCCCGUCGCGACACCGACCGUGAGACCAGACGACGGAGACGCGAAGAACCGCGUCCAAGACAGAGGGACUAUCGGUUCUCGAGCGAGUUCUCACCGAGGGACCAUGCCUCGCCCUUCGACCAUGAGCCCCAUGAACCUCUGCCUACUAACAAGAAGCGGACGCCAUACUGCACACUAGACGGCACCAGAUUCGCAUUCGAGCCGGACGACGCGACGGCAUCGCCUCUAUCGGCGAGCAGCACGCGGGCGCGCGACGCCGACUCACCGGCGACACGGUUCCGAUUCGAUUCAGACUCCGUAUCGCCGCGCUCCAUGUUCGAGGACGACUUCACCAGCAUGUCGACGCCGCGGGGUAGAACUGCUUCCAUCGCGGAGGAAGACGAAGGCGACGUCCCACCGCUGCGGGUUAAACCACCACCCCUGCAUAAAGACAUAAAGAAAUCAGAAUCCGUCAAUAUAUUCACUCGAGAAUCGGAUCCGUUUGAAGGGGACGCUUUUUUCGCCUGUACAGGUUCUGACCGCGUCGCAAGAAGAGAAAACUGGCCGGGGGACUUCCACGGGUUCGAUAACGCGUGAGUCGGCCGCUGCGUCCGCUUCGCUGACUUUAAAUCUAACGACUGAUUUCCUCUGGUAAUAGAAUCUCGAGGCGUCCGCUGAAACAUCGAUUGCUGGCCAACUUGUAAGUAUAUUUCAAAAGUCAUUUUCAGGAAAUUGUUUUAAGUGUCACCUUGGGAUUUUGAUAGAAUAUUCUUUAGCGAGAUGACAAGAUAUGUUGGACUCGUGAUAUACUAAAAUUGUUAGCGAAAUAUACAUACAAGAAUCAUGUUUUAGUGAGCCUAAGCGGGACGAUGACUGAUUUCUCUCAGGCUCUUAGGAUGAGCAUCGUCGCUCAAGAUUGAGAGAGAAUUUAUUUAUAUAUUGGUGACUCGCUAAUUUUACCUGCACCAAUGCUAGUCAGACGUCCGAUGACGUCACUUCCAUGUUAGAAGACUUCAUUGCAAUAAUAUCGCAUAAAUUUUGGUAAAAAAAUAUUAUGGCUCACUUGCACACAUUUUAAGAGACAACAGUAGAUGUACACCUCAAGUAUAUGCAAUCAGUUUCUGUGAUAGUUCUAUUGCUGGUGUGUUAAAGCUAACUAGCGCUCGCCAUGAUAUUGCAAUGUCCGCUUUAUGGUCCUGCGAAGCAAAUUAUCAAGCUAUUUAAUUUCAAGCAUUUCUCACACUGUCCACUUUAGAGUUUGUUGCCGUUUAAUAACUGACAUACCUGAUGACAAUAUGUUUAAUGUCAUCUACAAUAUGUACCCCUGAGCGGUAAGCAAUUAAUGUAUUACUUAUUAGAAACGGUUUUUAUAAAAAUUAUACCCAUGAUGUUUUCUGUAUAAUGUUAGUCAUAUUUAUAAGACAUCAUGUCGUUAUUUAUUAGUUAUUGUAAUAUAUUAGUCUAUAUAUACCCAAUGACCAUCGUCAUCCUAGUAUUAUGUCUAAUAUGUUAAGACUUAUACGGACUUGAGCGAGCCAGUUCAAGUUGGUAUACGCCUUUAGACGCAACCUGUGAUAUGUAUAAGCAACGCCCGAUACAUUUAUUAGUUAAACGCUUCGUAGUUAUAUGUUAUUUCAAUGUAAACGUGGAAGAAAAACAUGAUCUCCUGACGUUAUGGUCGGUGGGAGUCAGACGGUGCCAUACAUUUCGUAUAGCCGUGUCUCACUUCAGUAAUAGCAAUUGCAUCAAUAUAAAAUUAUCAUCAAUGAUAAUUAAUUGUGUACAAUUUAACUUAAUGAUGGUACCAUGAUUGGUUCCAUUCCACAAGUCCUUAGGAGUGAUUUAGUUAUUAAAGUAAGACCGCGUGUGCUUUUAAUAUAAAAUUUUAGGGCAAGUUGGUCAAACUCAAAUCAGCCAAAUCAAUCACAGUUUACUAUUGCGCUAAUUAUUACAUUUAGCUUAGUUUUUUUAUUGGAUACAUUUAUACUUCUACAUAGUUAGUACUUACUAGCAUAUCUGAUAAUGGAGAAACGAAAGUACCCUGUGCGAUAAAUAGGUUAAUAUUACAUACACGCAAAAUUUAAUCGCUCGCACAUACUGUUUUUCGUUAGGUCCCAGCCCAGCAUGGGAGCAGUUGGUAAUUGGAAUGACCAUUAAAUCAAACUUUGAGUAAAUUGUACUAAUAACAACUUGCACAUAAUAGAAACCAUAUUGUAUUUGUAUCUGAGGUAAAAAAUACACAAAAUUUGGGCACAAAAUAAUUUUUUACUUUUGAGGUUGGAUCUCACUUGACCACAACGAUUUGACGAAGAUUGCCGGCGGUCAAAUGAGACCCAAUCUUUCAAUGAAAUUCGUAUAAUGAAAUAUGUAUAUCAUAAUGUAAAUAGUAUUAAAUAUUUAUUCAUUGUAUAAUAGUAAUUAGAAAUCAUCUAUCCAUUACAAAUCAAAUAAAAAUAAUGGACGCUUAAAAUAUAUUCAGAUUACUUAACUGAUAAUCCGAAUCGAGAGUAUUGAAUACAUUUUUUUAAUUGAUACAUUUUUAUGUAAUUGAAUAACAAUUUAAGCAAUCUGCAUUUAUAAAUAUUCUGUCACUUGUAACAUUCACUUAAUGUAGAUUUUAUACUUUACUAUAGUUUACUGUAUAAUCAGGCCACGUUGGAUAAAAUCGAUUCACAUUUGAUUAGUUUCAGUGUUCUAUUGACUCGAUGAAACUACACCGAAAAUAAUGCAUAGGUUUGUCUGAAACAAUUAUUAAAUUCGACCUUGAACUACACAAAUAAUAUUGAAUUAAUAUGCCCAAGUACCUUGGAAAAGACUCUGUUUUUUAUUUUUAUAGUACUCUGUGGUCUUACUUAUAGGUAGGUAUGUAAAAUAAAACUGCAGUUGAAAACUAAAACAACGCGUUCGCUUCAAGUUGGUCGCUCCCACCCUUCCUACCCACCACACCGCACCGCGCUCCUAGACAGACCAUAGUGUCGAUUCUGACAUGAUUAACUAAACCUCAACUUAAAUUUGACAACAGUGGGCCCAAUUCUGGCGUGAUUCUCUAAACUUAAAACUAAAUUUAACAUCAGUCUCUCCUUUUCAUUUUGUAUAGAGACUGACAAGGAUAUACUGCUGUCAAAUUUAAGUUUAGGUUUAGAGAAUCAUGUUAGAAUUGACACCAGUGUAUACUUGUCAUUCUCUAUAUAGAAUGAAAAGGAAUGACUGAUGUUAAAUUUAGUUUUAUGUUUAAAAAAUCAUGCCAGAAUCGACACCCAUAUUAGUCCACCCUAUUGGUCGACGAUACCAGUGGAUAAAGUUGAUGUGCCUGUCAUUUUAUAACGGUCAUCGACAGCCAACUCGAAGCGCACGGGUAGUGUAUUUAUAUAAUUUUCAAUAUUACAUAUUAGUGCGCUGUGAUAUUUUUAUUUACUUAUUUCUUAUAUUCUUGUAAAGUUGUUAUAACUUUAUUUAUUAAUCAAUUAUAAUAAUGUUACACCUAGCGAUUUUAUAGACGCUUUGAAUAUAAUGAGCCAAAAUGCACGAGAGCAGAAAAAACAUCGGUUUAACUGUUGACAGCUAAAAUAUUAUACUUAUUUAAUUAAAAUAGAGUUUAAAAUAGAAUACCACAAGGAUGUCUGUAAAUAUUUUGUCAGUACCUAUGAAAAAGCUAGAAACCCGAACGAAUUUGUCGCGUAAGCUAAAACUGACAUCACAAAACUGAAAUAAUAUAAGCAAACAUUUAAGUAAUAAUGUAAAAAACAUUCCCUAAUAUCUUAGCCAAUUUAUAGCCGCUCUGUGCUACUUACAUUCCGUGCUAAAUAGUCGAUAUCGUGAAUUCAGGUAUUACUCGUUCGCUUCACGUUGGCCGCUCCCGCCUCACCGCACCGCGCUUCUAGACAGACCUUAUUAGUUGAGCCUAUUGGUCGACGGAACCAAUUGACGUGUCUGUGAUUGGUCUAUGACAAUUUUUAUAACGGUCAUCGAUGGCCAACUCAAAGCGAUCGGUAGUGCAAUUAUUAGGGCUUGCGUUGCGUUAAGCGGGAGCAUGGAGCGGACGUCAGCUCCGCUUGUAUUUUCAUGUCAUUCCAUAGAGCAGCGCUGCGACCCUUAAAGCAGCGCAGGCCCUUAGGCCAACUAGCACGAAAUGGUGAAAUAACUGACUUAAUUAAUUGACUUUCGCAAAUCGUGAUUUUAUAUGUAUGAAAGUAGAGCGCGCGGAAUUAAAAAAAAAGAAAUUAUCGCUUUCGCGCGAACUAUAUUCAUUUGCGUUCUAAUAGAGGACUAGCCCAAUAAACAGAGAUUACAGUUAUACUUGAACGUAAUGCAAAAUUUUACAACACUAGUUUUUUUUACAGAUGUUAGGGUAGGUCAUACGAAGCUUAAGUUUAAAAAUCGGGGAAUGUAGGGUGGUCACGCUGGCCGCCACAUUGGAAAACGUGUUUAUAGCUCCGAAAUUAUUGACUAUACGGAAAAAAUGUAGAGAAUUUUUUGUUUAAUACUAAAGUCCUUAACUUUUUUGACUAAAACUUUUUAUCGUAUAUCUUACCGUUUUUCUAUUAUUGUUGUUUAUUUGAACAUGUUUGUAGUUUUUCCUUUAUAAAACCUUAAAAAUGCCAAUAAUUGAUAAAAACACGUCUUAUAAAAGUUAUUGGUCAUUAAAUUUCUUGCAACUUUUGUAUAAUACUUUUUUUUAUUAAAUAAAUACUUUUAAAGUGAUGUCGUUAAUGUGGCGCACAAACGGGCUUUGAUAUAAGUAACCAGAAGUGUAACUUACUUGCAUCCAAAUGGAAGAAAAAAGUUAAGGACUUAAUAGUUAACAAAAAGCACUCUGCAACUUUUUCUGUACAGUCAAUAAUUUCGGAAAUAUAGCUAUAAACGCGUUUUUCAAUAUGGCGGCCAGCGUGACCACCCUACAUUCCCCGUUUUUUUUUUAUUUAAACUUCUUAUGACCUACCUUAACAUCUGUGAAAAAAACUAUUGUGAUAAAAUUUUGUUAUUUGGUUUUCUCUAUUUCUUGGGCUAGACCACGGACGUAUAUAAAUGAAUGGAAAACCAAAUUUUCAAAGCAAGGCCAAUUGUUUUAUAUGAUUUUUUUAUAAUGCCUUUUCUUGUCAUAUUUUGUAAUCAUUUGAUACCUCUAUUAUUUAUUCUAUUUUUAAUUGUGUAUAUCUGGUUUUAAGAGCUAAUUAUUGUUACUUAUAAAAAUGCGUUUACUACAGUGUGUAUCCUACAUAAGCGCCAUAUUCCAUUAAUGAAUGUUACCUAUACAUAGGAAUGGUGAUGAGACUAGUUUUUGUAUUGAUGUAUUUUUUGUACAUAAUGUAGUUAGAGCAAAUAAAUCAUGUGCAAUUAUUACCACUUCUAUGGCGCAAUACCAAAGGUAUUUAUGUUCUGUAACUGUUGUGUAAAAUACUCUGAAUUAUUAAAUUAUGACAAAAAUGAUA